GAGGUAAGACGUCACCAUUCCAGAAAACAUGGCGGCCACCAGUAAAAGUACCGUGUUGUUGAAAGCUGUCAAGAAAAUAACCAUCCAGUUCUGUCCGUUCGAGUCCAAUGUCCGCUCAACAAGAGAGUUCCUGGCUCUGGUGGGUUCAGCGAAGGCCCGCUCCACCAACAUGAACUGUGAGGUGAUUUCUGUGGUGAAACACGACAAGUCGGAACCGGUAAUCGACGUAACAUAUGUGGACGGAGAGAGGCUGGUGAUGAAGGGGGAAAGGUUGACUUGCCGCGAGAUGCUGAGUGCGUUUCAGUCACGCUGCAAAGACAAGGACCCACAGAGCAAGAAAUGACCGCCUGUUUCAGUUUGUUUGUAUUUAUACGCGUGUGCAAUCUUGGAAAUGUACAAUAAAACAAUAUGUUUAGCUAAAUGUGACUCCUUUUGUAAGUUAUGGUGGAAUUGCUUUACAGUCGUUGUGAAUUUUGUUUGUAUCUCAGAUAUACUUUUUUGUGAGCGACGAACCAGUCGGUUAAAAUUGUUUCGAGCAAUAAAGCUGGCAUUAAUCAGUA